UUCACGCGCUCUCGCGAGUGUAAUAUAGACGUUAUCACGUGCUCAAUACAUGACUUCAACGACUCUUGCUUCGCGUGUCUCAUCGUGCGCUGCUCAGUGACGGCUCAUCAUGACGGAUUUCGCCAACACCGGGACGGGCGGCAAGACCCCGCCAUUGCUCCAGCUGCCGGAAGACAAGCGCACGUCAGAACGCCAAGCCUCACCGGUGCGUUCAUCCUCAAGGUUCAAACGCAGAUGAACCGCCUUGCGACGGUGCAGAAUAUUGGCAAGACGCUGCCAGCUUGUGCAGAGGAAGUCGCCGUUAGAGGAAGUCAUUCAAAUCUCAAUGCAUCUCGAGACACAAGGCAUUUCUCAAUAAGGAGCAUGCAUAUUUUGAAGUCUCAUGGCUGUCGGCGCUCAUUCAACAGCAAAGCGCACCUCGACAGCUCAUCAUGCGGCAGCUCAACCGACCCGCACGGCAGCAUCUGACAGCUCCACGGUUUUCCCGUGUGAUUGUUGCAACGGCACUCACUUCAUUGUGACGUGCACAAGGUUCAGAGACCUCUCACUGGGCGAUCGACAAAAGUUAGUCAUCUCACGGAGGCUCUGCUUCAAUUGCCUCGGCCGCCACAAUGUCCGCUCAUGCAAGAGCUCACGGGGGUGCAAGAAAUGCACCAACCGACACCACACCAUGCUGCAUGAGGCUCAUCAGUCGGACUCAUCAGCGAAGCCUACCACCAGCUCAGUCUCGUCAUCUCAAUAGGAAGAUGGUGCAAUUGUCAACCACUCACUUUCGGUCCGCUCAUCUCACUCAACAUUGUUAGCUACGGCCCUGGCACAGAUCGGUUCAUCUGUUACUACUCAGCGCGUACGGCUUCUCAUCGAUUCAGGUUCAGAACUUAUGUUCGUCUCUGAAUCACUCAUUCGUCAGCUCAACAUUCCUCGUCAUCAUUCCGUCAUUCUCAUCACUGGAAUUGGUGGCGGAAAGGCGACGCAAACUCGAGGAGUUGCAUUGCUUAAGCUCCGCUCACUUCACUUAAGAUCAGACGUCAUCAUUCAAGCUCACAUUCUGCAGACGUUAACGAACAUCCUGCCAUCAUUCAACGCUGCAUCCCAGGAAUGGCCGCAUCUCACCAAGUUAACCUUGGCUGAUCCAGAUUUUCUUACACCACGGCCAGUGGAUAUUAUCAUUGGAGCGGACUCAUAUGGGCAGAUCAUCAAGCCUAACAUCAUCAAACAAGAUCCAUUGACGCCAAUUGCACAGCUCUCAAUUUUUGGAUGGCUCGUUCUCGGACCGGUCAACACAUCAUCAUCGGCAGUUGCUACCGUGCAUCAUGCCUCGAUUCAGGAGGGAGUAGAUGCUCUCGACGAGUUGCUGGCGAAAUUUUGGACACAAGAAGAAGUACCUACAAACAACCAUCAUGAUCUUGCUCCUGACGAGCAAAGAUGUGAAGAAUAUUUCAAGAGCACUGUUUCACGGGACUCAACAGGUCGAUACACGGUGCGAAUUCCAUUAAAGUCAUCACCUGAUACUCUUGGUGAUUCGUAUCUUACUGCACAUCGAUGAUUGCAAAGCUUGCUAAGAAGACUCUCACGAGAUGACAACUAUCGA